UAACCUAAAAAACUAGUUCUAAAAACCCGUUUCGUAUCAGAGGGCGCUAGAAAAUUAGAAAGAGGAAAAACGUGAGCGUGUAGAAGGCGGUGUUCAUGGUGUAAUGUGUUUUCAGUAUUGAUAGUAACAUAACCUAAAGAUUAUUUUAGAACUUUGAAAGCCCACCGGUAUAAUUUCAUUUAAAGUUCUUAUUGAUAGAAUAACGCUUGAGAGUUUAAGUGGGUCUGAAAAAACUGCACUUGUUCGAUAAUCUACGAACAUCUUCUUCCGAGUAUAUAACAUAUCAAUUCUUUCACAAUGCCGAUAAAAUAUAUUGGUAGAACGACAGAUUUCAAAGGUAAAUCGCUAUGGGAAAUCGUUGGGAAUUUGAAGAAUGGGGGCAUUGGACGUAUCGUUAUCAGACAAAUGUUCGAAAGAUAUCCUGAACCCUCUUUCAUAAAAAUUCUAAAAGUCGAAGCAAUGCCCUACGAGGAACCUCGCAAGGUCACCGUCUGCGUGGAACGAACGUUUCGUGGAAUUAAGUAUAAUGAACCUGAAUACAUAAAAGGAGCGUCUUACAAAUCAGACUACCAAUUAAUUCCCAAAGAUCAGGAGGCCGCGUACUGUAAAAUUGAACAGACUAGACCGACGGCAAUUUUAGCACGGACGUGCGACUUUCCUCCACUCUACAAAGAGAUGUUAAUCCGCAAGAUGAAAGCUAAAGGAACUCCAAUAACAGAAGAACCGAAGCUUGAAAUCCAACACAAAACUUCUCCUAAUAAGCUUGCAAGGGUCGCUGAAGAGGGAGAAACUCCAACGGUCAACAUGACUAUAGACAUUGGGCCAACGCGCGCCCCACGGCUGUACGAAAAUAUAAAACCAUAGUUCGAAUUAUGCAAAUUUUGUUUGUUAUUAAGUCACUAGUUGUAAAUAAAUGCUCGACUAACGUACGAGUAUCAAAUUUUU